GAGCCGGCUUUCGCAGCCUUGGCAAACCUGCGCGUGUGUGCAGAAAUGCCGGGCGCACCAGAAUCCUUUACAUUGUCCGAGUACUACAGCAGACAAGGCCCCUUGUCGCCGUGCUCCCCGGCCCCAACGGAAAACUACGGCGGACGAGAGGCGCGGUUUUCGCCAGCACGUACUGAGUACAACUACGGCAGACAGGGGGUGUUAUCUCCUGCGCCCACAGAGUAUGUCUUCGACCGAGAGGCAUGGUCACCAGCGUCCACGCAAAUCGGAGCUCCAUUGCCCGAGCACGGCGGACAGGGCUUGGCAGGAGGUUUCAGCCCCAGACUCCCACCGGGAGUGCCAAUCAAACCUGACGAUUUGCUGCAUGAGCACAACGACUGUCCGUUUGGGAUGCCACCUCCGGAUGACAGCACUGCCCACCGGAAUCGGCCUCACUUCUGCCAGGCCCUGGGAUCCUUUUUCGAUCACCAUUGCCCGAAGCUUGGUCAGCGUUAGGAUGACAGGCAUUUGCAAGAAGUGCCUGGAGAAAAUGAGCGGACAGACUUGCCGCUGCAGCUGUGGGCAUGAGCUGAAGAUCGAAAGUACACUUUCGAUGAUCGGAGCAUACAACUACGUGCUGAACGCGUUGGAUUUCAUCACUGGCGCAAAGCCUGCCGGCGCGGAGGGCUACACUGCCAUGCCCUCGCGGAGCGACGCGCAUUCUGUGCCAAGUCCUCUGCUGGAACUUCCACCGGCUCCAAGCAAUGCAUUGCCACAGCACCGGACGCUUUGUCCGGCUACAACCAAGGAGAUGCUUCCUCCCUCUGCACCUCUGCCGGCACCGCCGUCAUUGCCGUCCCUUUUGGGCCAUCGGCGACGUGUCUCCCAAGUCGCUGACGUCUUCAAGACCCAUCUGCCGGGCGAAAUGCCCCGCAGCCCGAUGUCCCGAUGA